AUGUCCACUUCGUACAUUGCAAGGAUCACCAUCAACAUUGAUACCGAGCAGACACGAUGCAGUCUGACGAAGUAAUCUGGUCCGUCAUCAACCAUCAGUUUUGCUCUUACAAGGUCAAAACUGCGACGCAGAACUUUUGUCGAAAUGAGUACAACCUCACGGGACUGUGUUCCCGACAAUCAUGCCCGUUGGCCAACUCUCGGUACGCCACUGUCAGGGAGAAGGAGGGCGUCCUUUACCUAUAUAUGAAGACCAUCGAACGAGCUCAUACACCCGCCAACAUGUGGGAGAGAAUACGAUUGUCGAAUAAUUACGAAAAGGCUCUGGAGCAGAUCGACAAAGAGCUGAUCUACUGGCCAAAUUUCAUGAUCCACAAGUGCAAGCAGAGGAUCACCAAGAUCACGCAGUACCUGAUCAAGAUGCGCCGCCUGAGCUUGAGCCAUCAGCCCAAGCUAGUGGGAAUCAAGAAGAAACUGGAUCGUCGUGAGGCGACAAGGGAGCGAAAAGCUUUGGCUGCUGCCCACCUAGAAAAGUCUAUUGAGAAGGAGCUCUUGGAUCGUCUACGGUCCAAGGCGUACGGCGAUGCGCCACUGAACGUCAAUGAGGAUGUCUGGAGACAGGUAUUGGACAUGGAUAGGAAAGGGAAAGAGAAGGAAUUGGAGAUGGAGGAUGAGGAGAGUAUGCUCGAUGAAGAAGAAUGGGAAGAUGGAGAGAGGGAAUAUGUCGAGGAUUCGGACGAAGAGAGUGUCGGGGAUUUGGAGGAUUAUUCAGGCUCUGAGUUUGACGAGUUUGAUUCCGAUGAAGAAGAGUCGGGCGGAGAUCAAGAGUUUCCGAGCGAUUUGGAGGUCUCCGAUGAGGAUGGAGAUGGGGAUGAGGAAGGGGUCGACGGUGUCGAGGGCGAGGAGUCAGGAGCAAGACCCAAAAUUAAUGGCAAGACUGUGCCGCGAGCAGUCAAUGGCAAGUCUCAGCCGGCAAUCGGAUCCAAACGCAAAGCACCAGCAAGAGAUCCUAAAAAGGGUGCAGGCUCAAAGAAGCGAGGACCAAAGGUCGAAGUGGAGUACGAGAUGGAGACGGAACCACUGUCCCGCGAGGCACUUCGCAAUUGGUGAUCUGUCGUUUGGUCUGGUUCAACCGGCAGGGUGGAUGUUGUAUAGCAUAUCUGUUACGACUUGCAUUGAUUACGAGGCCCCAAACAGUGUUCCUGAUGCUAUCUGCCCGCAUGAUGUAGAGCACACGGUUUUCGCUGCUGGAAUUUGCGGCAAGUCUACCCAGACGCGAUUGACUUUUGUCGGCUAUAGAAUUGGUUCCCGAGAAACGAGACUGAGGCAUCUUGGGUAC